AUGUUACAGGAUAUAAAAGUGUAUGUUGAUGCACGCAUGAAAGAUGGUAGAAUGAAGAUAUGCACUUGUACCUAUAUCACAAUCAUGAUCUUUAAUCCGUCGUGUAGCAGAUUUAUGGUUCUUUAUAGGUUUAUUGAUGAGGCAAGUUUCAAGAAAAUGGUCAGCAAUGACGUCGCGGGUAUACGUUUAUCAAAGAACUUCAAUGCGAUGUUGGUCGAAAACGAAGGGCAUGAGAACCUAAAUUACAAUCGGAGGGACUUGCGGAAUGCAAUGAACAUCCAUCGUCGUAAAUCUAGAAUUGAAGGAGAUGCAGCUGCUCUUGAGAAAUACUUCGAGAAGAUGAGUAAAAUGAGUAAAUUUAAAUACAACAUCGAGAAGGAUGACGAAGGGAGACUGAUGAAAGCAUUUUGGUCUGAUGCAAGGAGCAGGGCUGCAUGUAAAGAAUUUGGAGAUAUAAUCACCUUCAACAUGAUCUUUUUGUGCAAUAGGUAUCGAAUGUCAUUUGCUCCUUUUCUUGGCGUAAACCAUCACGGGAAAUCAAUCGUGUUCGCAGUAGCAUUAAUCUCACAUGAAGAUGUCGAGACAUUUAUGUGGGUUUUUUAA